GCCUUCAAACUAAACUGCUUAUCAGCACAAGGACAAGGACCGGCGGAUCAUGAAGAACCUUCCGGAUCACGCCAACGUGGUGGAAGGAGCAUGAUUUUAACACCAGAUUUGGGCACAUCAUCUACAGGAGGACGUCGCAGGCAACUAGGGGCUGUCAAUAUGUCAAUACCUCGUAGGAGGGGCAAGGAGGCACCACCUCGGCAAACUGGCAGCGAGGAGUCUGAGGAGAACGUCACCGACGAGUCCGAGGAGACAUCAAGAUCACAUGAUAGCGAUCCACCCUACGGCCCUGAUGAGAUUGAACACUCACAGCUUCCGGGCGCUCCAACAUCCUCGCAACGUUCUCCAACAGCAAAGAGGCAGGCGCGGGCACGUGAUCGCACCGAUGUCGGGAGCGUGAACGUCCUGCCCACUAAGCCGGGCCGUCCCCGUCGUAAAAAGAAACCUUACACCCCCCAUUCCUCCCAUGCCAAAACAUAGUCUAGAAGUAGUUUCAUUUCAUCAAGUCUGCACAUGUAACGGUUCUCAGGAUAUGUGCUUGUUUUAUGGUCAUGUAAUGGAC